GCAUCGUGCCACGUGGCGUCCUCGCCCAUGGCGGCCCUCCGUGCCCUUCACGUGGACUCUCUGCGCGCCUCCACUGGGGCUGCAACGCCACCGCCACAUGAGUGGGCGCUGCGUCUCGCUGCGUCACAUGCCAGCAGCGCACGUGCAGCAGAGGGCGGCAGAAGCCAUCUCCCAUCCCACGGAUCGCCUUUCCUCCGUGCCGCCCGCUCGGAUCUGCUCGCACUGUUGCUUGAUGGGGAGGCAGCAGCCCCUGUUGCUCAGAUGCCACCGUCCCUCUCACUGUCCGUCCCCUUCCGAGCGCACCACACAGGAUGCCGCCUGCAAUUUGCUGCAGUACAAUAUCGUGUAG